AUGUCAAUUGAUGUUAGUAUAGGGCUUAUUACUAAAGAUGCUAUUGAAUCAAAUUGGAUUUUAACUGGUUCUUUAAAGAAGUUCAAUUCUCUUGCUGCUUUAAUUAUAUUUGAAGUUAUGAAUUCUGAAUUUGAUCCAAGUACUUUAGG